AUGGGCGAAGUCGUCAACGUUAUUGUCGCCGUUGCCGUCGUGGUCUUCAUCGUGCGCUGGGCAACCACUGGUAAGGAUGCCCCGAACACGCCUUCGCCAGCCCGUGUACUCGGCUUCAGACCAAAGAACGUCACAACGGACAUGGUAGACACAGUACACAACAUGUUUCCAGACAUCCCGAGUGAUAACAUCCGCUAUGACCUCUUGCGCACCGGAAGCGUACAGCAGACGUCGACUACCAUCCUCGAGCGCGGCUUCCUGCCAGCGCCGCCGCCCGCUUAUUACACGAUCUACCCCCGCGCGAUUGACCCAGCACCAGCGUCCGCCAGCCGCCCACUAAACUCUGUAAACGCGACCACCAGCGGCGCAAAGCCCAAAGGCGACAACCUCAUCACACGCUACAACCUACAGGAGCGCGCCGCCGCGGCGUCCGGCGUCUCGGUGUUGGCGCCCGAGGAGGUCGGCGGCGUGGCGGUGUGGGAGGAGAGCGCCGAGAAGCGGGAGGCGAGCUUGCGCGAGCGCAAGGCGCAGAUGAUCUUGGCUGCCCGACAGUGA